GAAGCAGGAGUCUCUACAGUUUCUAGAAAGGGCUAGAGUAAGUCACUGGCACACUCCAGGGGUGAUGUUUUCUCCUGCAGACUUGCUCAGAGCUGCUGUUCUCUCCAUGGGGCCUGAGGGUAGGGCCAGGGACUUGUUCUGUGGCCCAGAGCUAAGUCACAGGGAAGAUAGCAACGGCCCCACACAGGAGCAGUGUGGACCCCACCGUGCACGUAGCCAUGUCCUGGUCCAGGACUGCCUAGAUGGGCAGAUCUUGGGCCAGUUGCGCACCCUGUCAGAAGAGGAAGACUCUUCUGGGGCUACCUUUCUUGGGGAGCCUGCCUUCCCUGAGAUGGAUUCAGAGGAUCUCCGUCUGGCUUCCUUCUACGACUGGCCAUCCACUGCUGGGAUUCACCCUGAGCCAUUGGCUGCUGCUGGCUUCUUCCAUACAGGCCAGCAGGACAAGGUGAGAUGUUUCUUCUGCUAUGGGGGUCUGCAGAGCUGGGAACACGGGGAUGACCCCUGGACAGAGCAUGCCCGAUGGUUCCCCAGGUGUCGGUUCCUGCUACAGUCAAAAGGAAGGGACUUUGUGGAAAGAAUCCAGGCCUGCACCCCCUUGCUUAGCUCCUGGGACCAAUGGGAAGAACCAGAAGAUACAGUCCCUGCCACCCCCUCAGCUCCUGCCCAUGGAGGCCCUGAGAUGCUCACAUCCAGAAGACAGACGCAGCCUGAAGAUGCCAGUGAGCCAGGAGCUGGGGAUGUGCAGGAACAGCUGCGACAGCUGCAGGAGGAGAGAACAUGCAAGGUGUGCCUGCAUCGAGCCGUGUCUGUAGUCUUCGUGCCCUGUGGCCACCUGGUCUGUACUGAGUGUGCCCCCAACCUGCAGGUGUGCCCUAUCUGCAGGGUGCCUAUCUGUAGCUGCGUACGCACCUUCCUGUCCUAAAC